CCUCUCCGGGCUGCUGGAGGCGGGGGAGAAGCCUCUCUUCGGCAUCGGCAUCGAGAACUUCAUCACCUUGAUCGUCUUCGGUUUGAUCUUCACCCUGGGAGUGCUGGGCAACACCCUGGUGAUCACGGUGCUGGCGAGGAGCAAGCCGGGCAAGCGCCGAAGCACCACCAACAUCUUCAUCCUCAACCUGAGCAUCGCCGACCUGGCCUACCUGCUCUUCUGCAUCCCCUUCCAGUCCACGGUCUAUGUGCUCCCCACCUGGGUGCUGGGUGCUUUCAUCUGCAAGUUCAUCCACUACUUCUUCACCAUCUCCAUGCUGGUGAGCAUCUUCACGCUCUCGGCCAUGUCCGUGGACCGCUACGUGGCCAUUGUGCACUCCCGACGCUCCUCGGCCUUGCGGGUUCCCCGCAACGCGCUCUUGGGUGUGGGGCUCAUCUGGGCACUUUCCUUCGCCAUGGCCUCGCCCGUGGCUCACCACCAGCGCAUCUUCCACGGUGAGACCAGCAACGAGACCUUUUGCUGGGAGCAGUGGCCCAACCCACGCCACAAGAAGGUCUAUGUGGUUUGCACAUUCGUCUUCGGAUAUCUGCUCCCGCUGCUGCUCAUCUCCUUCUGCUAUGCCAAGGUUCUUAAUCAUCUGCAUAAGAAGUUGAGAAACAUGUCAAAGAAGUCAGAAGCAUCCAAGAAAAAGACAGCACAGACUGUGUUGGUGGUGGUAGUGGUUUUUGGCAUCUCCUGGCUGCCACAUCAUGUGAUCCAUCUCUGGGCCGAAUUUGGAGUUUUCCCACUGACUCAAGCCUCCUUUCUCUUCAGAAUAACUGCACACUGCCUGGCGUAUAGCAAUUCUUCCGUGAACCCGAUUAUAUAUGCAUUUCUCUCUGAAAAUUUUAGGAAGGCCUACAAACAAGUCUUCAAAUGCCAGAUAGGUAAGGAGUCAUCACUGAACGAUGCUAAGGAAAAUAAAAGUCGGAUAGAUACACCACCCUCUACCAAUUGUACCCAUGUGUGAACAUUGAGAAGCCCUGUAUG